AAUAGCCUUUACCUCUUUUAAAUAUACCAAAUUAAUCCCGUCUAAGCCGAAUCUCCCUUCCUCUCUGCCGAAGCCGAAGAGAUCUUCGGUUUACCUAAGCGCCUCUCUCCGCUGAAGCCGAAGAGGUAAUCCCUUACUGUUAUCGCCAUCCCGCGACCUUCCAAUCAUCAAUUUGCCAAGAUGACUAUAAAUGCCCAAAUGAUAAACUCGCCGGGUCAGCAGUUUUCUGGAUUUUGGCAUUCAGAAAGAUUCAAGCGACAAACCUUCAGCAGCUGUAUCGCAAGUAUAAAACUAGCGAAGGAGGUCGUUAAAGGUCUUAAAAAGCUUAUUGGACACAAGAAUCCAAAGGUUCAACUUCUUGCGUUAACAAAAUAUACAUUCUACUUCUUGGAUUGCAUAAUCACUAUACAUUUGCACAAGAGUACCUUCUUCCAAAUGACUUCAAACCAAGAAGACCACAUUCUAAUACAUGAGAGUAGAAACACCAAAUAUAAUCAGUUGAAUGUUGAUCAGAAGAGAACUUACAUUCAGAAGGUCAUUGAUAAUAAUAUAAAGAGGAAAAGAAAUGAUUUUGCUGGCAGUAGUACCAAUAGCAAGGGAAAACGUAAGAUUGAUUUGUUUUGUGGAGCGCAACAGCGAGAAUAUGAGCAUGGAGGUUUGCAUAGAUUAAUUUCAUAUUUUAUUAAAAUAUUUGAUUUUAUAUAUAUAAAUUUAUUUAACACUAAAAACUAUUAUUUUUUUUCUAGGUCAAAUUACACAUGAACCGGUAUGUUCUUUAUUACAUAAACUACGGAUUCCAAAGUCUUGUUCAUUUUGUGGAGCAAAAAAAUUUGAACAUGAGCCACCAACAUCCUGUUGUCACAAUGGUGAAAUCCACCUAGCAGAUGUGAAUUUUAAUGACGAGUUAUAUGCCCUUUAUACAGUACAAACCCAAGAGGCAAUUGAGUUUCGAAGACAAACCAGAAAGUAUAAUAGCAUUUUCUCAUUCACAUCAUUUGGGGCAAGGUUUGAUAGAGAA